AUUAUCUCUGUUUCUCUCCUUUAUCAUUCACUCCUCGUCAAAAAAUGAACUCCCCCUGAUUUAUCGGGGUCCUCCGUUCAUCCUCCAGUACAUGUGGCCCCGAAACCAUGAAUGACGCUGAGUUUCCUCACGGAAUACAAACCUCGCCUAUCUCCGACCCAUUCUUAUAGAUACUCUCGAUUUGGAUACCCGACUUGAUACGCAAUUCUCUCUAUCUGAUUCAGCUCCCUUUUCCACUGUUUUUCUAUCUAUAUUUCUUGCGGUCGUAUCAUUAACACUUUCCUCGCCAUGGAUGCGGGGGAUCGGAUGUUCUGCCAUGCUUGUGGCGGGGUCUGGCUACGGAAUGAGAGCGGACUGACGUGUCCGACCUGCCAGUCUGAAUUCACCGAGAUUAUUGAAAUACCCCCCGACACCGAAGCCCCCGACCCUCCUGAAGAAGCCCCCGGAGAUCGAUUCUCGCCGCCCGUGAACCCGUUCGCAAACCACAACCCGUGGGCCUCCACCGGCCACGACGAGCCUUCGGAUGACUUUUUUGGUGGCCCCGGCGGGGGCAGACGCGGCAGCUCUGGAAAUGGUUUCUCCCACCGCACCUAUCGCUCGCCCGACGGCCGGUUUACCUUCUCCAGCACGACGUAUUCUUCGGGGUUUCCUCGACGACAGUCCACUGACCCGCAGGGCAACCUUCAGAAUGACCCCCUGAUGCCGAUGGUGCGGGGUCUGGAUACGAUUUUCCACGGACUCGCGAAUACAUACCAGCAGACGGAUCCCCACCGACCGGCGGGUCAGCAGCGAUGGGGACAGGAGCAUGAUGUGGCCGAAUCCGACCGUGAGUUUGGACCUGGGCAGAGUCCCCGGCCGGCGGGACUGGCGGGACAGCGUAGAGCGCCCGGUACGAUGUACGACGACCCAUUUGAUUUUGGGCUACGAUAUGGAGGCGGGUCAGAUUUCCAUGACGACGGACUGCACCCUCGCGAUGCGGAUGGUCCGCAGCCGAUGAACACUCCUCUACGCAGCUUGGGCGAUAUUUUGGAACUUUUUCGAACCGACUUCAACACGAACAACCAAGCUGGUAACGGCGGAUUCCGGGUCAUGACCGGCCCCAACCCCCUGGCGAUGCUGUCGGCGCUGUUGAACGUCGAGCGGCACGGAGAUGCCGUGUAUUCGCAAGAAGAGCUGGACCGGGUGAUCUCGCAGCUGGUGGAUCAGAAUGCCAAUCGGUCUGCGGCACCGCCGGCCUCGCAGAAUGCCAUCCAGUCUCUGCCCAAGAAGAAGGUGGACCGGGACAUGCUGGGGAACGAAGGCAAGGCGGAGUGUUCGAUCUGCAUGGACCCGGUGGAGAUGGGCACGGAGGUGACGGUGCUGCCGUGCAAGCACUGGUUUCACUACGGCUGCAUCGAGAUGUGGUUGAAUCAGCACAAUACGUGUCCACACUGCCGGCGAGGCAUUGAUGCACCUGCACCGUAAGUUUGUUGUGAUGAUGAGGUGGUUAUGACAGCAUGCUAAGUGGAACAGAACCGAAGGAACCAGCGAGAACCCGGUGGUGAUUGACAGCAGCCCCGAGACGUCUCGCCGCGGCAGUGCCGUGCCGGAACACAGCGGACAGGCCGGAUGGUGGAGCAGCGAGGGAGACGAGCGA